AUGCCCCCAUUGUUGACCCCGCCACGCGCCAACGUAUCAGCUCACGCGCCUACAGGACAGCAAUCUACCCCAAACAGCCGUGGGGGGUCUGUUAUCAGUAAUCACAUUGGCUUGCUCGGUGUCAACAUCAACAAUCUCCGCCCAUGGAUAGAGCGCGACGUUGAGCAGGCUCAGACGUGCCCUGUAGAUGACAUGCUACAGUUAUUCCUGCAGCAUGUAUCUCGCAGGCCCGAGGCUAAACAACCCAAUCUCCUGCAGAAGUGUCUCAAGGAGGUUGCGCGUGUUCUCAACGAGAUGCCAGCUGCAGAUAGGUUUCAUCCUUCUCGCAUCAAGGAAGCCCUCGACAGCUUCGCGUCGGAGCGAAUUAAAACUACAUCCUACGGGCCUUUUGUUCAAGCUUCAAACAUCGCAUUUUCAUGCCUUGCAGGACUCCAAGUCAAGGGAAUGCUUGAUACGCCCUCCAACCUUGACAUCAUUUUUCAAGUGAAUGAUCAUCCUAUCCACCAAGAUCACCAGGACCGCACAUCGAAACGGAAGCCCGACAUUAUCAUUCUUCCUUACGCAUGCGCGUUCGCUGGCUUGCCCGAGGAGAAUCGCGAUAUGGGCGCCGAUGAUUACAAGCUCAUCAGUGUUCAUCCAGUAUCGCUGCUGGAAGGUCCCGAGACGGUGGUAAUGGGUGGGAGUGCUGUGCCAUUCGGCGAAGUGUUAGAACGAGCCGGCACUGGGAUCUUUGGGAGAGAAGGCAUGCCGCGAAGCAUGGGCCACAAAACCGAAAAAGCAACUGCUUUGGAAAGAUGUGCUAGCUUGUAUCGAGUUCAAGAGACCGACGAAAAAGCUUUCACAGCGUCCCCUUUCUUAUGA